UGUUUAGGUUGGUUGGAACAAGUUGCCUUUCACUCCACUUCUCGAUCCGGACGACUAGACUUUGAUGAGGCAAUUGGAAGAAAAAGCGACUGGAAUUUGAUACGAUGCCGAAUUCAUGACUUGGUAUAUAAGACUCGCAUUUCUCGUUUUGAAUUAGUAGUUUCCUGACUAACAAACAGCAAAGAGAAUCCCCUUUCGACUGUCAACACCACAAUGUCCAUCAACCUCUUGAUUGUUGCUGUUUUAGCGAUUGGAGCUUUCGCUUCUCCUGAUCCCAACUAUAAACCUCGUCCUCCACAGUACGGCGCUCCACCCAGAUACGAAUACGUCGAGAUUCCGCAUUGCGCUAAAAACACAACCAAAUCCUGGUGUCUCGAAGACUCUGAAUAUCCUCGACACGAAGUUCAACAAGCUCUAGAUGAACACUACCAGGCCGUUCUCGCUUUUUACAAGGACAAAUUGGCCAGCACGGAAAACUCUGUCGACGGACUGGACAAGUUGAACGACGAGAUUUACCUUUGCCCGAGUUCCACUGGCUACAUCCGUCCUCUUCGUGCCAUCAACGUCGAUGGCAAAUGGCGCACAAUCAUCAACAACGUCGAGUCUUAUGGCAUCAAAUACACCCAAACUGCUCGUGUGGAAGAAUGUGAUGUUGUUGUUGGGACCAAUUGUCCCUUAGUCGAGUCGUGCUACGACUCGAAAUGCAUCCAGAAGAACAUGUUCCAUCGCUUUUUGGUUUACAACCCCUAUGAGGAAAAUUUCCCAUUCGCAAUUGAGAAAUUCAAACUUCCUGGCUCGUGCGGAUGUGUCGUCGGAGCUUUCCAUCUUUAAUUCUUUUACUUCUAGGUUAAUAGAUGUAUGCAUAGUAUGGCGAAUGUUUAUUAUGGCAUCCAUCCUACUUUUUCAUUUAUCAUGCAAAUUAUUUAUUCUUUUACGAAUCAGUGUGGUCAAUAAAAUCUUAUCGCAUAUA